GAUGAAAUAAGAAAAAAAAGAGAUCAAGGGGCUGAGUUUGCGAAAAAAACAGAGCAAGAGCUUAAAGGAAAAUUAUAUUCUGCACUUAGAUUUAAGGCCGAAAUUAAUGAUCUUAGUGAGAAGUUGCUAACUAAGUAUUUAGA